CAUCCUCUCAACUUCUCUUCCAGGUUCGUCCUGAUGCCGACGCUUCUUUGUUCUUGUGCCUUUCGAAGUCUCGAAGCACAACUCCCAAGGUUUUGGGCUUCUGUGUGGGAAAAGAAGGGGGGAAAGGAAGAAAGACUGUCGUUUGGAUCCCUCUUCUCCCAGGGAAAGGGUGGAUUGCGCGAUCUUUGGGCUUAUAUGUAAAGACACCGUUCACCACCGAGGUCCACGUAGAAACCGGUUAGGUAGCAUCCCCGAGACAGUUUCGUAAUCUCAUGAACAUUACAAUCUGCCUUCUAGUGAUUUGAAGACAGCCUGCGUGGAAAAGACAACCGCGCCGGUCCUCCUUUCCUAGAUUCUGACAGGCCCAUCAACCUCUUGCACCUUAGGUGCACAGCAGGCACGGCAAUUGGCUCAAGCCUACACCAAGUGAUGGUUAACAAUGAUACCACGACUAUCAUAACUCGGGGACACACUCGAAGAAGCUGAUAGACUAG